GGUGCCGGCGCGGCCCGGGCCUUCGGCUGUCCGGCCGCCUCUCUCCUUUUUGCAGGUAUCGCCCACCUGCUUCUCGCGGCCGUCAUGAGGUCCCCGGUUCGGGGCCUGGCCUCGAGCGAUGGUGAGGAGGGCUCAGAUAGGACGCCCCUGCUGCAGAGCACCCCGCGGGUGGACGCCGCUCCAGUGUGCUGCUCUGCUCGUUAUAACUUAGCAGUGUUGGCUUUUUUUGGUUUCUUCGUUCUCUAUGCAUUACGGGUGAAUCUGAGCGUGGCAUUGGUGGACAUGGUAGAUUCAAAUACAACUUUAGCAGAUAAUAGAACUUCCAAGGAGUGUGCAGAGCAUUCUGCUCCCAUAGAAGUUCUUCAUAAUCAAACGGGUAAAAGGUACCAAUGGGAUGCAGAAACUCAAGGAUGGAUUCUCGGUUCUUUUUUUUACGGCUACAUAAUCACCCAGAUUCCUGGAGGAUAUAUUGCCAGCAAAGUGGGCGGGAAACUGCUGCUAGGAUUUGGGAUCCUUGGCACUGCCGUCUUCACCCUGUUCACUCCCAUUGCUGCAGAUUUUGGAUUCGGAGCCCUCAUUGUACUCAGGGCACUUGAAGGACUAGGAGAGGGUGUUACAUUUCCAGCUAUGCAUGCCAUGUGGUCUUCCUGGGCUCCCCCUCUUGAACGAAGCAAGCUUCUUAGCAUUUCAUAUGCAGGAGCACAGCUUGGGACAGUAAUUUCUCUUCCUCUUUCUGGAAUAAUUUGCUUCUAUAUGAAUUGGACUUAUGUCUUCUACCUUUUUGGUAUAGUUGGCAUCAUUUGGUUUAUUUUAUGGAUCUUAUUAGUUAGUGAUAAGCCUGAAACUCACAAGACAAUCUCCCGCCAUGAAAAAGAAUAUAUUCUUUCAUCAUUAAAAAAUCAGCUUUCUUCACAGAAAUCAGUGCCAUGGAUACCCAUGCUAAAAUCACUGCCUCUUUGGGCUAUUGUAGUUGCACAUUUUUCUUACAACUGGACAUUUUAUACUUUAUUGACAUUAUUGCCUACUUAUAUGAAGGAGAUCCUAAGGUUCAAUGUUCAAGAGAAUGGGCUUCUAUCUGCACUGCCUUAUUUUGGCUGUUGGUUAUGUAUGAUCCUAUCUGGUCAAGCUGCUGACAAUCUAAGGGCAAAAUGGAAUUUUUCAACUAUCUGUGUCCGAAGAGUGUUUAGCCUUAUAGGAAUGAUUGGACCUGCAGUGUUCCUGGUAGCCGCCGGAUUUAUAGGCUGUGAUUAUUCUUUGGCCGUUGCAUUCUUAACUAUAUCAACAACACUGGGAGGCUUUUGCUCUUCUGGAUUUAGCAUCAACCAUCUGGAUAUUGCGCCUUCGUAUGCUGGUAUCCUCCUGGGCAUCACAAAUACAUUUGCCACUAUUCCAGGAAUGAUUGGGCCUGUCAUUGCUAAAAGUCUGACCCCUGAUAACACUAUUAGAGAAUGGCAAACCGUUUUCUGCAUUGCUGCUACUAUUAAUGUGUUUGGUGCCAUUUUCUUCACACUAUUCGGCAAAGGUGAAGUGCAAAACUGGGCUCUCGAUGAUCAACAUGGACACAGAAACUGAAGGAACAAGUAAAUAAUGCUGUCUCGAUCGAUGUAUUUUUGUUGAUCAUGUAACCUAAAAGUGCCUUUGAUAUUAAUGUGUAUGCAUUCAAUGGAUAAGAAAAAAUUGUACUUGUAUUAAAUUUUAAAGGCUCGUAAUUAUGAAAUGCCACAAGUUGCCAGAUUAGUAAAAUUAGCUAUUUUUAAUUAUUAAUAACAUGUAUCCUGGAACUUAACACUUGAGGGUCACACAUCUGGCUGUAAAUCAGGCAAUAUAAGGAAGGGGAGUUCCGUUUAUUCUAAGGGCCAUACGUAAAGGAAUGAGCUGAAGUGAACCCCUCUAUACCUUGGAUUAAUUAAACUAGAUAAUAAUUCUCAGGUCUUGGCAAACACCAAGUUUUGACCACUUUCCUCAUAAGAAUGAGUGGUCGGCAGCAGUCUUCACACUUAGGUCUCAGAUGGUCACAUCUCCACGGAGCUCCCGGCCGCUGCGUAAUUGGCCUGGCAGCCAGGCUGAGGGAAGCGUGCCCAGGCAGCUGCCGAGCAUUCCCUUCAGGGCUUCAGGGACAGUGCCCGGCAGUUAUCGGAGGCAGCGUCCAAGACCAGGGUCCGUGCCAACUCUUCAGAUGGUGUUCUGCCCCCCGGGGGCUGUUACCGUGCAGGUGAAACCCUGAGUAGCCCCGGGCAGCAAGCCCCACCGCCGCUGUGGUCGGUCGCAUCCUCAGGCUUCUCCCUCCCCACCCAACUCACUGGAAUACUGUUUGGUGUGUAACCUGGCCAAAGGACAGUGUGAUGCCUAGUUAACCACAAGUAAUAUCACCCUUGGUUAGAACUACCUUCUGACAGAUCAGAAUAGAAAUUUCCAAGUCCUGUGUUCUAUGGGCUUCCACCAGAAUAAGCUUUAAAAAGUUUUUUUUAAUUCUCACAUUUCUUUCCAUUUGACUACAUGUAAGCUUCUGGCUGCAGUUUAAGUUAAAGUGACAUUUGUUUGGUCACAUCCCUACAACCGGUGGUAUAAUCAUCCUUACUUUCGGCUCCUGAGUCAGGUUUUCCAGUUUCUACCUGAACCAUCUUCCAGUGGUUUUUGAGCAUGCUUUGAGGGCAUUUAUGUGAUUUAGAACUUGAUUUAUGUUUUGUUAUCUUUGUCCAACACUAUCUGUAACAUUUUAACUCAACUGUUUGCUGUAAUAUGAUGUGGAUACAUUUCUGUAAAUUUAUUUUUAAAUUUGUAAAUAGUUUUAAGUUGCUAUGGUGAUAUUUCUUUCAUAAAUCAUCAAAAUUAAACAUUUUUGGAUUGA